AGAGACUUGCAGUUGGCUGGGAAUAACGAGUUUUUGAGAUAACUAUGCUGAUGAGUCCCUUGGGUAGUAGUGGGUCUAGUUAUGGGAACCCAGUUUUUGCCUUACUAACUGCUACUUUCUCAAGUUUUGCACACAUCGUAGCGCCUUCCCGAAAGAAACAAUUCUGGCUAUAUUGCUGCCCCCUGCUGGAGAAUGCUCAUACACAUUUCAAGAUUAAAGCACUAUUAUUGCACUGUCGACGUUUCUCUGUCACCAUUCAGCUUCACCAAGGCCUACACAUUGAUAGUGUAAGGAAAGGGCAGUUCAGUGGGGGCUGAAAAUGGCUCACUGACAUGGCUGUUGCAAUGCCACACACUGUCGAUAGUAUCAUUGCCGUAAUAACAGGAAUUCUUAAAUUUUAAGCAAUAGGGAAGAAAUAACGUUAACAUGUUUGUUUUAAAAUAUUUAUCGUUCAGGAGACGGAAGGACCGUAUUGCACGACUAUGAUUACAAGGUAAUUAGAACACUCACAGUUGCAUUAAAAGGCCUUCGUAAACACGAGUUCAAAGUCAUGCUGACAACAACAUGCUGGGUUUUACUGUGGCUCAGUCAGAUGUAAUUUUCUGCCUUCAGAUAAUCAUGUGUAAAAAUUCUUGCAUUGCUACCAUGUAGUUCUGUGCAGCAAGCCCAUGGCUACCUCCACAAAAACGACGACGACUCGGAUGGUGCUGUUGGUGGCUUUUAAAUAUAGCACAUUUCGUUUUCUUCUUCUUCGUGCCUCGCAAUACAUUUUUAGGUACUGGAAUGGUCCAUGAACGAUAUCCUGUGUGACGUGUUUUAGCAAUGGUAAACUUUCGUUUUUGCUGGGACUAAGCCCACAUUGCAUCAUGAACGCGGCGUGUCAUCUGGCCCUGGAGAGACGACGGCUCCCUAUGCAGUCAUCACAGGAAGCCAUCACUCCGCCCACGGUCGGAACACUGAUGAAAAAAAGGUAAAAGUUUGCGGCGCGCCACGCGGGAAACGUGUCCACGUGCAUAUGAGCGCGUGCGAAGCCAGUUAGACCAGUCGUCAUUUUGUCAGGUGAUCAUUUCGAACACCAUGGCCGAUUUCUACGAGAAGCUCGCAGCCCAUGUUGAUAGAAUCAGAACUCCUGGUUAUUCGGAGAGGAUUUAUAGGGAUGAGUGCGUCUUUUCAUUCGACACACCGAAGUCUAAAGGAGGACUUUACAUUUGCCUUAACACAUUUCUUGGAUUUGGGCAGAAACAUGUCAAGUGGCACUACACAAAGACUGGAAAUGCCGUCUAUCUUCAUUUGAAGACCAUGAAAGUUGAGAUACAAGACAAGGCUUCUUCGGACCAGGGCAAGAAAUAUGAAUACGAGCACUACAGUUCACUUGUUAUACUUCCAGACUUUGACGAAAUUCCUGUGCCUGACUCAGACCUCCCAGAAAAGGUUCAACUUUCCAUUGCACUUGUUCUUUCUUCUGACCUGGACACUGAGGACUAUGACUAUGAAGAAUUGGUUAGAACAGUGAAUGAUGCACCUAAGCCAGUCUCAAAAUACAGCAACACAUUGACACAGUUAAACAAUGGUGUAAAGGUGCCACGUUGGGGCUGGAGGUGCGAGAAGUGCUGUCUUGUUGAGAACCUGUGGCUGAACCUGACAGAUGGCUCUAUUCUCUGUGGUCCAAAGCGGUACAAGGACAGUGGAGGCUACAACCAUGCACUUGAACACUUUCAGGAAACUGGCUACCCACUUGUGGUUAAGCUAUGCACCAUCACGUCAGAUAGCGCUGAUGUCUACUCAUAUGAUGAAAACAGCAUGGUAAUAGAUGGCAAUCUGUCCAAACACCUUGAACAUUUUGGUAUUGAGAUUGCCAAUAUGCGAACGACAGACAAGACAACACAUGAACUGAAGGAUGAAAUGACACAGCAGUCAGGAGAGUGGGCGGUAAUCCAGGAAACUGGCCACAACCUGGAACGCCUGUAUGGACCCGGCUACACGGGCCUAGAAAACCUUGGCAACUCCUGCUACAUGAAUGCCGUAAUGCAGGUCGUCAUGAGCAUCCCAGACUUCAAGCAGAAGUACUAUGACAAAGCUGAUCAGAUUUUCGAACAAGCCCCACCAGAUCCAGCUGAAGAUUUCACUGUUCAAAUGACGAAGUUAGCAGUAGGCAUUCUUUCUGGCAACUAUUCCAAGAAGCCUAAUCAGAGUGACACCUCCUUAAAGGACACUAUGGAGGUACGUGGAAUCAGGCCGCAAAUGUUCAAAGCUGCAGUGAGCAAGAACCACACAGAGUUUUCGACGAGACGACAGCAAGACGCCCAGGAGUUUUUCCUGCACUUGCUGGAACUUGUCGAGAAAAACAGUCGCAACGAAAUGGACCCUUCGAACUGCUUCAAGUUUGAAGUGGAAGAGCGUGUGGAGUGCACUGCAUCAGGGAAAGUGCGCUACACACAUUGUGUUGACUGGUGCCUCGCUCUGCCAGUGCCUCUGGAGAGGGCCAUUAACCAAAGUGACGUGGACCGACACAAUUCCGUGAUAACAGAACUCUUGAAGAUGGGGGCAAAAAUCACGGGCGAUGUAAGCAUAAAGCCGAAGAUCCCAUUUAAAGCAUGCCUGGAAGCCUUCAACACAGUUGAGGCUAUAGAUGACUUCUACAGUACAGCUGCCAACACGAAGGUGACUGCACGCAAAACAACCAAGCUGCGAACCUUUCCUGACUACCUGACGAUACAGCUGAAGAAGUUUACUACAGACGAACAAGGGACUCCCAUGAAGUUAGAUGUGGAAGUUCUCAUACCUGAUGAACUUGACCUCAAGUUCUUGCGAGGACAUGGUCUUCAACCUGGGGAAGAGCUGUUGCCAGAAAUCAAGCAGUUUGGACCACCCACUCAAAGUGUCAGCACUGAGGUGCAGAAUGCUGAUGAGAACGAGAUGGAAACAUCCAGUCUCUCGCAGAUCAGGGAUGGACCAGAGAAGUAUGAGCUGAUGGCAUUCAUCAGCCACAUGGGGCAAUCCACCUUCAUGGGCCACUACGUGUGCCACAUAGUGAAGGAUGGCAAGUGGGUCAUCUUCAAUGACAACAUGGUAUGUGUGUCCGGUCGCCCACCUAAGGAGUUCGGCUACCUCUACAUUUACCGCCGAACUCCUGACAAUGCAGAAGAACUUACAAUGAAGCGACCGAGAAUGGAUACUGCACCGUCUAGUGUCAUCUAGGUGGUGGGGCCACAGCGAGGCCUUUCACUUCCUGCCAGACUAGAAGUGACUGCCAAUUGAUUGCUGUAGUUGCGGACGUUUUUUGUGUUAACGCUCUAUAAAGAUAUUUUUAGCGCUUUAGUAAGGUAGCCUUUCCUUGUCCUUUGUUGAUGCACCUGUCUGGGUGAAGCAGCGAUGGCAUCGUCAUUCAUACUUUGUAAAGUAAUAUAUUGAAUUCCUUUCUUUGUUUCUUUUUGAAAAUAUACUGAAGUACCAUAUCUGCACAAAUACGAUAUGAAUGGAAUAUCACAUGCAGAGAGUCUUUGAACAACUCAGAGGUGCAGAUUGACCUAUGAAGUUUUGUUGCUUAAUGGGUGCUCAAUAAUAGAUUACAAUGGAAUCUAUAGGGACUAAAGAGAUAUUUUUUGACUGCCCAGCUUACCAAGGAAUUCAGCUGAACAGAGUUCACUCUAGGGGUAAGUUGUCUGCUGCACUUCAUUGAAAGCUGUUACUCUAGAAGCAGGCAUACAAAUGCAUAACUUUAACCUGCAUACUGUAAGAGAGAAUAAAAUAUUUUGUUGAACUCA